AAUCAAAUUUUUUCCACUGCACAUAUUGUACACAAACAAUAAAAUGCAAGAAGACUCUGCAGAAAAGUCGCAGCAAUUGCAAAAUUUCCAAUCCGAUGAUUUACUGGAAAAGCUUAAGCUGCUCAAUUAUGAAAAGCACUUGCUGAGGGAAUAUAAAUUGAAGCCUUUAUCGCGGUUUUACUUUGUCAAGGCCACAAAUCCCGGCGAGCAAUUCUUUAUGUUCACACUCAUCUGCUGGUGGCUGUGCAAGAAACUGGGCAAGGACAUGGAACGGCCACAGGAGUACGAUGAUCCCAACACGGUUAUAGCCAAGAUUAUACAAAUGCUGGAGGAGAUUGAUGUUCCAGUGGAUUUUCCACCCAAUAAACUAAUACGUGGCGCUGGACCCAUUUGCCUCAUGGUCCUGGACAUUCUGGCCACGCAGGCCUUGAAGGUGACAAAGGUGAACUUUCAGCGGUUGCAUAUCACACAGGAGGAGGAGUUUGUGGGCGACUACUUGGAGGACAAUGCUGAAAUUAUAUUGGAGAAGCUGGAGGACGAACAGAAUGCCACAGCAUUGAGCGAUGACAGCGACAUGGAGCUGGAGGCGCACAAUUUCAAGCAACUCAAUUGGCUAAAUCGCCAAAAGCGCAACAUGGGCGACAUGGCAACAGAUGAGCAGAACCGUGAUCUGAAUGCUCGCCUCAGCGAUCAUCAGGAAUGGCGUCUGGAGCUCGAGCGUGUGCUGCAGCAGCUGAAGGUGUUUGUCAAAGCGGAUGCUCGCGAUUGGCGCACUCACAUCAGCCAGAUGGAGGCACUCAAUGCGGGCAUUGCCAAUGUGUCGGAACCGACGCAGGCUCAGCUCAAGAAAUUGCACAGCGAGUUCACCUUCAGUCUGGAGAAGAUCGAGAGCAGGGAAAAGCAUUUGAACAACGAACUGCAGCAGCUUAUACAACAGUACAAAGAGCUGUCCAUUGAGUUAUCCACAGUGCAGUAUGCGCAGACACAGCUGCAGACCGAUAUGGAGAAGCAGAUGAAUCAGCUGAGCGAGGUGAUGGCCGAGCAGGAGCUCAAGAAGGAGGAAAUGGAGCGACGUGGUCAAGUUAUGUCCGAUGGCAGUUCUGUGCAGCAGAUCAAGAAGGCGAUCGUGAAGCUUAAGGAUGACAUUGCGCAGCUGAAUCUGGAGGUGGCGCUUCUUGUGCAUGCCUACGAUCAGGACACAGUGCGUCAAACGCUCGGCGUGCUCGAUCAGCCAAACAACUGAAUAACUGAUAACGAGAGGGGGCAAUAAAAAACAUAAAACAGAAAAAGAAAAAUACCCGUU